GAGUCAGAUGUCAAGGUCAGUAGAAAUUUUAAUUGCAUUUGGAGAAGACUGUUUUAUCAGAUCUCUUGGUGAUUUGGAAGUUUCAAUGUCCAACAAUUUAUUAUUCUAAUAUUCUAAGUUGUCAAAAUAAUUAAGUGGUUGAAUAUAAUUAUACUUGAACUGAAGGCCAAAAAGUGGAAAUGAAUAUUGAUAUUAUAUUAACUGAUCCAGAUGGUACCUACAAACCAGAUGAUAUAAUAAGAGGAACAGUAACCCUUGAUCUCACAUCCACUCAAAAUAUCCAAAAUAUACUUUGCAAAUUUGUUGGUAAUGAAGAAACUAGUUGGGCUACUUCAGAAAGUUUAUAUGAUGAAAGAACGAACACCAUGAGAUCAGGAAUAGUACACUAUAAAGGAGAACACAAUAUAAUAUCAUGUGAAGAACAAUUAGCUAAAGAUCUAAUUUUGCCUAUCGGACGUCACGACUUUCCUUUUGCCAUCACAGUGCCUAAGAGAAUUCCCAGCUCCUAUUCAUCAAACAAUGGAUGGAUCAAAUUUGGUCUUGCAGUUACUAUACAGAAUGACCUUGUCUUGUAUGAAAAAGAGAUACCAAUCCAUGUAAAAGCACCCAUAAAUUUUAAUGAUAUACGAGGAGAAAUUCAACUGGAACCAAUUGUUUAUCAAAACGAAGAAAUCAUAUGGCAUUGUUGUUACGCUGGUGACCCAGUUACGAUGGAUCUGAUAUUGGAAAGAGAAGCCUACACAGUUAAUGAACCUAUUACAUUUAAAUUGGAGGUGAACAAUAAAUCAGAUCGAGAAAUAUCCGAAAUAGAUGUAACUCUGACAUUGGUAGUUGAAACUACUGCUGCAGCUCCUAGAAGAAGUCGGAAGUAUUAUGAAAAACUCUUAACGGGAGCUAAAGCCAGGGGAUUGGCUCAUGGGCAGCAGGAAUUAUACUCAUUCAGAUUCCAAGUACCAGAUGUUAUAGACAUUCCAAAUUUUAUUGGAAGUACCUUAUUUCGACAGAAGUGUGUGUUGAAGGCUGAAUGUAAAAUACAAGAUUCUGAUACAAAGUUAGAUGUUCAGACUGAACUUAAACUUGGUCACAUUCCAGUUGAAAGAUCUAGAAGAAUAACACAUCCUCAUGGACCUGUUAGACGGGUCCAUAGUUCUGGAGCCAUAAAUAGACCUUUAGGUUUUAAUUUCUUUAACACGUCCGAUAAUGCUAGUGCACCUCCGGCAGAUUAUCAGCCAACUGCCCCUAGAACGACAGAUGACAUCGAUAAUCUUCCUCCAUCUUAUGAAGAAGCUAUAAGAGCGACUUUUGAUGCCCGAAAAACAAAAAAGGAUUAAUCUGGAACAAUGCAUUAUUGAAUUGACAUGAUGACAUUUAUUGUGUUCAGUAGUUUUUUACAGGUCUCUAUCAACAAAUACUCGAAAAUACGUCCUUCAAGUUUGAAGGAUGUCAUUUAUUAAUUGCAGCUAAAAUCUCACUUGAAGACAUUCCAAUAGUUCCCUCCAAAAAGUGUAUUGAAGAAUUUUAUAUUUUCUAUAUACGUUUUAAUGAUAUACAAACUUUUAAAGUUUAAAA